UUGCUGUCAAUAUUCCAUGAUCAUUCUUUUCGGCUCUCGCCCAAAAUCUUUUCUUUUCUUGUUUGAGGAAAAAAAUUGUGAAUACACAGCUCUUUACUGACAAAUCUGCUCCACAUUUUCUUGAAAUUUUUCACCUUUAAUCAGCACAAAAACACUGCUUUUCUAUCCGAAUUUAGCAGCCAUUUCUGAGGCGUUUUCGCCCGGGACCAUCAAUUCAUCAGUAUCUACUUUCUAAUUGUAGUUUGAAAUCUUAAUUACUGAGCCAUCAAUCUCAUUUAUUCGGCAGAAUCGGCGCAGAUGCGUUUGUUUCACAGUGUUUUGAUGUUGAAAAGGAAAAUUUAUGUGGGAUUGAAAAUUUGAUUUGUGGAAAGAGAGGAAAGAAUUUGGGUGUUGAGGUUUUUGAUGGAGAGGACUGAUGGUGGGGAUGAUCAGGCUUCUGGAUGGAUGCAAGUGAAAAAGAAACACAGAAGCAAUUUGAAGUUCUCAUUACAUGGUUGGGUUGAAGGGCUGUCUGGAAAACAGAGGUUUAGCAAGCCAAAUAAUCAAAUAUCAAUUGCUAAAAAAUCGGAGAGUAGCUCAAGUGCAACGAACCAAAGAGAUAAUAAAGGUAAAGAUUGUGCUGUGCGUGAUCGUGAGCGUGACAGCAGCAAGGCUACAGAGCCCGCUUCUAUCUCUACUGAUGAUGGGGCAGUUCAACGUUGCCUUGAUGGUGACAGCGUUAAUGCUACCAAACACACCUCGAGUUCUAAUGGGAAUGUGGCAAUUAAUCAUUACCUUGACAAACGUGUUGUCAGUCAAAGCAAUGAAGAUUUAGGUUCUUCUCAUUUGGCCGCUAAAAGUAAUGCAGAUCCUAGUCAUAAAGUAGUCGUCAGUCAAGGAAGUACCCACAAAGAUAAUGUCCUUCCACAAAUAAAAUGGGGGGAUUUGGAUGAGAGAACUCUCAAACACUACGGAAAAGCUUCCGGAGCUGAAUUUGAGUCUGUGGGAGUCAAAAAUAGCAAUUUGGUCUCUGUGAAGGUUGAUGAUACUUCUGAGUGUCUUCCCUGCAUCGUUCCAGUUGAUCCCGAUGAGACGAAAUCUGAUAGGGAUCAUUGUCUUCCAGAACCCCAUUCUUCAUCUCUGAGGACUGUAUCUGUUGAAGAAACUGAUAAGGAGGUGAAUGAAGUAUCUUCAGAAGACGUUAAAGAUCAAAUUACUAGUGAGAGAAUAGUUGGUCAGAGUACUUCUAUUUCGGGCUCUAAUUUCGAACACGAGCAUGUCAAGCCAGAUAAUGAGGUGCCCUGCAGUUCAUCUGGAGAAAACGGUGCCUGCAGAGACAACAAAGAGACAGAAAGGGCCAAAUCAGCUAAUGUUUCAGUUGCGCAUCUUUUGGAUUCGGCUACAAGUAGUCGGACAAUUGAUGAAGCUAAAAGUGAAGAAUCUAUAUUGGCAGUUCCAAUUGAAGAAUCGAGCAAUAAAAAAAGUGAAGCAAACUCUGAUGGUCUUCUAGAUGCCCAGAAUGCAGAUGCUGUUGCUUCAGUCGAGGUGGGUGAAAGCAAAGAAAGAUUCAGAGAACGUCUUUGGUGCUUUCUCUUUGAAAACCUCAAUAGGGCUGUAGAUGAGCUCUAUCUUCUCUGUGAACUUGAAUGCGAUCUUGAGCAAAUGAAAGAAGCUAGUCUUGUUCUUGAAGAAGCUGCAUUAGACUUUAGAGAAUUAAAUAGCAGAGUAGAAACUUUUGAGAAAUCAAAAAGAUCCUCGUCUCAUGGGGCUGAUGGGAGUCCAUUGGUUUUGCAGUCCGAUCAUCGCAGACCACAUGCCCUCUCAUGGGAGGUCCGUCGAAUGACUACUUCACCACACAGGGCAGAAAUUUUGUCUUCAUCUCUUGAAGCUUUCCGCAAAAUACAGCGAGAGAGAACAAGUGAACGUUCCCACAACUCUAUGAAUCCGGGGUCUGAUUGUCAGAGUUGUAACUUAGGAACAAGGGAUAUUGUGGACUUGGAGAAGUACAUUAAAAAAGAUGAUUUGGUGAGUGGCUCUAAAGAAUCAACAGUGAAGGUGGCCGACAACAUGACUGGUGUAUCAGUUACAGCUCAGCAUCUAAAUAAAGAAAAGAAAAACCACGAUUCAAAGCCAGGUUCUGGGGCAUUGAAAUUACAUCAAAAAGAAGGUUCUAUUCCCUACGUUAAUGGAAAGAGCAAAACUCCAACAGAGAACAACACUGCUGAGAAAAAUAUGAAGUUGGCUGAUCCGUUGAGAAGACCUGUUCCUGAAAGAGAAAGGGAGAAGAGAAAUGGAUUUUCAGGGAAGUCCAUGGAUGCUUGGAAAGAGAAGAGAAAUUGGGAGGACAUACUUGCGAUCCCACAUCGUGUGUCUUCCCGCUUCUCAUAUUCACCUGGCUUAAGCAGGAAAAGCACUGAGCGGGUUCGUGUUCUGCAUGAUAAACUUAUGUCUCCUGAGAAAAAGAAAAAAUCUGCUCUUGAUCUAAAAAAAGAUGCUGAAGAGAAACAUGCUCGUGCCACCAGAAUCAGAGCUCAACUUGAGCACGAGAGAGUGCAAAGGCUUCAACGUACAUCGGAGAAACUGAGCCGUGUAAGUGAAUGGCAAACUGUGCGCAGCAAUAAGUUGCGAGAGUCAAUGUAUGCUCGCCAUCAACGUAGUGAAUCCAGACAUGAAGCUUAUAUAGCUCAGGUUGUGAGAAGAGCUGGCGAUGAGACCAGUAAAGUUAAUGAGGUACGUUUUAUCACCUCACUGAAUGAAGAGAAUAAAAAGCACAUAUUGCGCAAGAAGCUUCAUGAUUCCGAGUUGAGGAGAGCAGAGAAGCUUCAGGUAAUAAAAACUAAACAGAAAGAGGACAUGGCCAGGGAAGAGGCUGUUUUGGAACGUAAAAGGAUCAUCGAAGCUGAGAAGUUGCAGCGCCUUGCAGAAACUCAGCGAAGAAAGGAAGAGGCUCAAGUUAGAAGGGAAGAAGAGAGGAAAGCCUCAAGCGCUGCUCGUGAAGCCAAGGCUAUAGAACACAUGAGGAGGAAAGAGAUCCGAGCCAAAGCGCGGCAGGAGGAAGCUGAACUCUUGGCUCAGAAAUUAGCUGAAAGACUCAGUGAAAGCGAACAGAGGCGGAAAUUUUAUCUAGAACAAAUUCGAGAAAGAGCAUCUAUGGAUUUUAGGGACCAGUCUUCGCCUUUACUGAGACGGUUUGCAAGUAAAGAAGGCCAAGCCCAAGUUCGGUCAGCUGCUUACAGCAAUGGAGAUGAUAAUCUUACCAAUGAUAGUAGUUUCCCAUCUGGUACUAGUAUUGUAAAUGGUGAGGCGUUGCAACACUCGCUAAAGAAGAGAAUUAAAAAAAUACGUCAAAGGCUAAUGUCUCUAAAACAUGAAUUUCCCGAGCCUUCAGCUGCACUUGAAAGUUGUAGUCUUGGUUAUAGGACUGCUGUUGGAACUGCAAGGAGAAAAGUCGGUAGGUGGCUUCAGGAUUUGCAAAAGCUUCGCCAAGCAAGAAAAGAUGGUGCUGCUAAUUUUGGACUGAUAACUGCUGAAAUUAUCAAGUAUCUGGAGGGAAAGGAUGCUGAAUUGCAGGCUUCUCGACAAGCCGGCCUGCUUGAUUUUAUUGCUUCCGCCCUUCCUGCUUCUCACACGUCCAAACCCGAAGCUUGCCAGGUUACUAUAUAUCUUUUAAGGCUUUUGAAGGUAGUGCUGGCAACGCCGGCAAACAAAUGCUAUUUUCUUGUCCAGAAUCUUUUGCCCCCACUUAUUCCAAUGUUGGCAACCGCCCUUGAGAACUAUAUCAAGAUGGCGGCAUCAUCAAAUCUUCCUGGUCCAACUAAUAUCGUGUCAAGUAAAGUGUUGAAUGGAAAUUUGGAGUCAAUUUCUGAAAUUGUGGAUGGUUUCCUGUGGACUAUUGCAGCAAUUGUUGAUCAUGUUAGCUGUAACGAGUACCAACUGCAGAUGCAGGAUGGUUUGAUAGAGCUUGUUAUUGCAUACCAAAUUAUUCACCGGUUAAGAGAUCUUUUUGCGCUUUAUGAUAGACCUCAGGUGGAAGGUUCUCCUUUCCCUUCAUCUAUUCUCCUAGGUAUUAAUUUAUUGACAGUUCUGACUUCAAAAUUCAAAGGGUCAUACUCGAUAGACUGGGAUUCUUUUCCAAAUGAUAUAAUGCAAGGAAAUAAACUCGGGGAGAGAGAAUUUUCUGGGCCAGCUGAUUUACAACAUGAAUCUAGUAUGGAUGUCACACCCUCUUUGCCAACUGGCGAUUUACCGGCAGAUUCUCUGGAUGUGCCAGAGGGUAAAAAAGAUGGAUGUUCAAAUAUUGAGGUGACCGAUAGUCAAGUUCCUGAAUGUGAUACCUCUCUUGAUGUUGAUCGCGUUGCUUCUAAAGAUGCCAUGGAUGAUUCAGCUGGACCUCUGGUAGAUAAGUAUCAGUGUGAGGACAGCAAUAAAUGUGUAGGUAACAGUGCUGAGCUAAAAAAUAGAAACGGCCCCGAAGCAAAGCAGCCUGCUGUGUUUCUUCUUGCGGCAAUGUCCGAGACUGGCUUAGUAUGUCUUCCUUCCAUGUUAACAGCAGUGCUAUUGCAGGGAAAUAACCGAUUAUCUCCUGAACAGAGCUCGUACGUGCUUCCAUCUAAUUUUGAGGAAGUAGCGACUGGAGUUCUGAAGGUCUUGAACAAUCUGGCUCUGAUAGAUAUAUCUUUCAUCCAGAAAAUGCUGGCUCAACCAGAUCUUAAAAUGGAGUUCUUUCACUUGAUGAGUUUUAUUCUUUCUCAUUGCACAAGCAACUGGGGAGUCGCCAAUGAUAAGAUUGGAACCCUCUUGCUGGAAUCUUUGGCACUUCUUGGUUAUUUUGCGUUAUUCCACUCCGAAAAUCAAGCCGUCCUACGCUGGGGAAAGAGUCCUACGAUUCUUCACAAGGUUUGCGAUUUGCCCUUCGUGUUCUUCAGCGAUCCGGAGCUGAUGCCUGCUUUAGCCGGCACAUUAGUAGCUGCCUCAUACGGAUGUGAACAGAACAAGGCCGUUAUUCAGCAGGAGCUCAGUAUGGACAUGCUCCUCCCGUCACUCAAGUCGUGCAAAAGCAAUUCAAACCAGUGUGGCCCGUUGUCAGCCGAGGAUGCUGGUGAACUUCUGAGUCGGACCGGUGUUGAAAGAAAAGCUCAAGCUGACACAUCUCAGAAAUCCAACCGGAGCAAUCCAAGAAAUGCUCGUCUCGUUCCCCAGAGAGGCGGUGGUGGUGUUAACACGAGAGGUCUGAAGUCGAGAAACAUUAGAGACAGCAAACUGGUGAAGGUUAGUGAAGAAAUGCAGACGGGUGCUGCUCAAUCUGCUUCGGAAACUUCCACGUUGAUGCUGCACUCGAGGUUCCCGGUAAGCUUCGUCGGGAAAGCAGAAGAGUUUUUUACAGCAGAGGUUAAUACAAGCAACGGUGAAUUAGUUUGAGGUGAAUACUUUUCUUUCUAGUCUGAAUACAUAAUAUAUUUAUAAUAGUAUACACAGCUUUAAUGUCUCUUAGGAAAGAUAGAUUUUUUAUAUCCAAAAACAGAGAAAUGAGAAUUAUAUUAUACUACCUGGUUUCAGAAAUGACUUGAAUAGUAAAUAAAAGGAAGGGGAAUUUGUUAUUCAA